AUGAAAAACGACUUGGUUGAAUUGUUCUUCAGAGAAAAGAGUCUGGUGCGACAGCACAUCGAAUCGUACGACUACUUCAUUGAGAAGGAGAUCCACGAGAUUGUUCAGGCCAAUAACACGGUGGUCUCCGAUAUAGAUCACUGCUUCUAUUUGCGAUACCUAGGCAUUCGCAUUGAGUUUCCCACGUUCGUGGAGAAUAUGGUGGAGCAGAGUGUGUAUCCACAGGAGUGUAGAACACGUGAUAUCACGUAUUCAGCCAACAUACUCGUGGAUAUCGAGUAUACGAAGAAUAAACAGAAAAUAAUCAAGAAAAAUGUGCACCUGGGAAAGAUGCCAAUUAUGCUACGAAGCAGCAGGUGCCAUUUGGAGAGCUAUGCUGGGACCAAAGUAGGCGGAAACAGGCUGAAAGACCACAAGGCGCAAGAAUGUGUCUAUGAUAAUGGUGGAUACUUCAUCAUAAGAGGAGUGGAAAAAGUGAUUCAAAUUCAGGAGCAAUUGAGUCGAAAUAGAAUCAUUCUGGAGACAGGAAAAGGAGGAAUCUACAGCUCAGUGACAUCUGCAAGCAUCAAGCACAAGAGCAAGACGAAUGUGAUUUACAAGAAUGAGGUAUUUUAUGUACAGAGCAACAUUUUCACUGAGGAUGUUCCAGCACUGGUUGUGAUUAAGGCAAUGGGAGUUGAGAAGUGUAGGGAGAUCUACGAGUAUCUGGGCAUUGAGUGUGCUGAAUUGAUCGAAUACAGCUACGACGAGAUCUAUUUCAGGCGAAUAUUCAGCAAAUCUGCUGCACUUCUGGAAUUGUCCAAAUUCGUGAAGCUCAAGGCAGAUGAGGACCCAGAGAAGGGAACUGAGAGGCUUCUGAGGGACAAAAUCCUCCCAAAUGUCGAAUGCAGCGUCAACCUGAGAAACAAGGCCAUUUAUUUGUGUCUGAUGAUUCGUAAAUGCGUUCUGGCCAAGAAGGGACACCUUCAGACAGACGACAAGGACUAUCUCGGCAACAAGCGAUUUGAGCUGGCUGGGCAGAUGCUGUCGAUUCUGUUUGAAGACACCUUCAAGAAAUUCAACUUCGAAUUCAAGAAAUCGAUUGAUAAGAUCCUGAGCAAGAGAAUCAGAACAUCUGAAUUUGAUGCACUGACGUUCUUCAACCUGCAAACUGGGUCGAUUUCAAGCACGUUGAACAGGGCCAUUUCUUCUGGAAACUGGAACCUGAAGAGAUUCAGAAUGGAGCGAAGUGGAGUCACCCACGUUCUGACUCGCUACAGCUACAUCACUGCCCUGGGGAUGAUGACGAAGAUCAACAGCCACUUUGAGAAGACGAGGAAGGUCUCUGGCCCCAGAUCGUUGCACACGUCCUCCUGGGGGAUGUUCUGCCCAGCCGAUACGCCUGAAGGAGAGAGCUGUGGCCUGGUCAAGAACCUGGCUCUUCUUGCUGAAAUAUCAACUGAUUCUGAUUCAGGGGCCACUGAACGCGUUCUGGCUGAACUCGGUGUCACCGAAGUGGCUGACUCGUCUCCAUCUGCCUUCUACGCCCCAUCCAACUUCCUGGUCUACGUCAAUGGGAGUCUCUUUGGUCUCUGUCAAAAUCCAGUCAAAUUGGCCCAGAAAUUCAGGGAAAUCAGGCGAAGUGGCCUCCUUGACAAAUUUGUCUCGAUCUUCUUCAACAAAAAGGAACAGGCUCUCUACGUCUCCACCGACAAUGGGCGAAUCUGCAGGCCACUUGUGAUCGUAGCCAAAGAAAAUGCAUUUUGGGCAGAUCGUCAAAUCAGAGAAAAUGCCCUAAAAAACAGGACAUUCACUGAUUUGGUCACAGGCGGAUUCAUCGAAUACCUGGACGUGAACGAAGAGAACGACUCGCUGGUCGCACUGAGCAAAGGGGCUCUUGGCCCAGCCCACACGCACCUGGAGGUCGCAGACUGUGCCAUUCUGAGCCUCGUUGCUGCCACUGUUCCAUUUCCCCAUCACAAUCAGUCGCCACGAAACACGUAUCAAUGUGCCAUGGGAAAGCAGGCAGUGGGCCACGUGGCAACAAAUGCAAAGAAGAGGAGUGAUCUGCUGAUGCUAAAGAUGAACUACACCCAGAGACCACUUGCCUCCUCCCUCGUGCUCUCUCUGAAUCGAUACAACCUGAUUCCAGCUGGGUUGAAUGCGAUGGUGGCUGUGAUGAAUUACACGGGAUACGACAUCGAGGACGCAGUGGUGCUGAACAAGCAGGCGAUUGACAGGGGAUUUGCUCGUGUUGAGGUCUACAGGACGCUGAAGAUCGAGUUGAAUCGAUGUGAAAAUGGGCGACUUGAAGAAAUCCACUCAGAAGGGGGCGUAGAGCAAGUCGUGGGCCCAGGGACUCUGGUUCGAGAAGGAGACGCCUUGUUGAGCAAAGUGAGGCCCGAUAGGACGGUAAGGACAGUCAGACACAAAGGAAGAGCAGCCUACGUCGAUAGGGUCAUUCUCACAAGGGGGGAAGAUGAUCCAUUUGUGAAAAUAGUUUUCAGGGAGACGCGAGUGCCUGAGAUUGGCGACAAAUUCAGCAGCAGACACGGCCAGAAGGGCGUAGUUGGCCUUGUUGUCCAGCAAUGCGACAUGCCAUUCAACGAACAGGGCAUUUCCCCUGAUAUUGUCAUGAAUCCACAUGGAUUUCCAUCAAGAAUGACAGUGGGGAAGAUUCUUGAGCAGAUUUCAGGCAAAGCAGCCUGUUGCACCGGAAACUACGCAGAUGCAACUGCCUUUGAGGACAAUUCGGCACCUGGAGCCGAGACACAGGUUGAGAAGACGUGUUCUGAUUUGGUAGCACAUGGAUUCAGCUACUCUGGGAAGGACGUCUUCACAAGUGGCGUCACUGGGGAGCAGUUUGAGUCGUUCGUCUUCUUUGGCCCCAUUUUCUAUCAGAGACUGAAACACAUGGUCGCUGAUAAAAUCCAUUGCAGGGCCCGUGGGCCUAGGGCUGUUUUAACAAGGCAGCCAACUGAAGGAAGGCAGAAAGACGGCGGAUUGCGACUGGGAGAGAUGGAACGAGACUGUUUGAUUGGAUACGGAGCAAGUGCGCUGCUCAGCGAGAGACUCAUGCACUGUUCAGACGAGUUCGAUGCCCACGUCUGUGCCAAAUGCGGCGUAAUCUGCUACAAAGUCAGGUGCAGUCUCUGUGGAAUGAAGCCAGUUGUGGUGAAGAUGCCGUACGCCUGCAAACUGCUCUUUCAGGAACUGAUGGCAAUGAACAUUCUGCCUAAAAUAGGCCUGGUUACUGGAAAAUAG